AAAGACGGCUGCGACCGCCCCGGAGUUCCCUUCUGCUGCAAAUACCCCGCCGCCCCCGACUACGGAUUUCCGCCGCAAAAAUGCCCCGACUCGCACACAAACAUGUACCAGCCGUCACUGGACUCAAUCUCAAAGGCUCCCUGAGUUCGUCUCUUGCCGUACGUAAAACGUCGACGUCUGUUCGGAAUUCGAAUUCAUCAGCAGUGGUGAAUAGAGGUGGGAGAAAUUCGUCGUCACUCUCGAAAAAUCAAGACAUUACAACACCUAACGAUACCUCAUCAAGAAAAUCAAAAUCCGGAUCUCAAACUUCCGGUUUAAACAGAUCCGGUUCCCCCCUGAGAAGCUCUUGUUGUUCCGGUAGAGCUGCAUCCCCUCAAAGAGGUACAACUGGUAGCAGUAUGGAUUAUGGGAGAGUUGGUCAGCCUGGUUCUUCGUGUUGUUCAGGGAGUGUUGGUAAGCCUGAUCCGUGUGCACCUCCGCCCCCUCCCACCUACUGCCCGGGAAGAUUUGCCUGUGCCUGUUGUAAAUGUGAGCCGCCUCCUGUACCUGUUCCUAGGUGUCCUCCUUCCAAGCUCGUCAAAAUGCCACCUUAUUCCACGUUUUUCGAUGAGCGAAUGCCGGUGAAACCUUGCGUACCAGAGAAAGAUUCAGAAACAAUUGGAGACAAUGGAAGUGACAACAUUUCCUAUGAAACACAAGACAUCAAUGAAGACGAUAAAUGCACGUUCCCGCCUAAGUGUUGCAGAACUGUCUAUGAGGAUUUCGUUAAAAAGAGGAACGUUACUGAGCCACCAAAAGUGAAGCUGCCAAUGAUCAUAGAUCCUUGCGACCCCUGUGCUGAAAUCCCACGAGAAAUAAGUCCUUUCGAAGAUGUGGUGAAUAUUUCUCACACUUGUGGCACUCAAACCAACGAAGACCAAAAAGACGAGAAAUGCUGUUCAAAUUAUCCAUUGCGGAAAUCGAGGAUAAUUCCUUGAAAAAUGAUUGGCAUGGAAAAAUUGACUUUGAAGCACUUGGAAAUUAAUUGUUUACAGGACGGAAAAUAAUCUAAAAUUAAGAUUAUAUUACUAUUGAAAAUUAUUCAUUUUUGCCAGAGCUGGACAGUGGACAGCUCUUAACUGGCUAUUAGAAGCUACAUCAGAAAAUUACAGUUUUCUAAAUGAAUUGAGACUUCGGGCUGUAAAUUCAUGUGUAAAAUACUUGGAAACCGCAUGAUAUAGACACCAUAUUGACCUAAACGAUAGAAUCUAACAAUAAUUGGAUUUUUUCGAUCUUUAAUAAAUUUAUCGAAUGCUUAA